AUGGAGGCGAUUGCCAGUCAGAUGGGAACGGGGAGAGACUCAAGCUCCUCCCCGAAUUCAAAGCAAGAGCUGCAGCCCUACUCGGGCUCCAAUCCCCUCAAGCCCAACCAAGUGGGUGAGACCUCCCUGUACGGCGUGCCCAUAGUGUCCCUGGUCAUCGACGGGCAGGAGCGCCUGUGCCUGGCGCAGAUCUCCAACACCCUGCUCAAGAACUACAGCUACAAUGAGAUCCACAACCGGCGGGUGGCGCUGGGCAUCACCUGCGUGCAGUGCACCCCGGUGCAGCUGGAGAUCCUGCGGCGGGCCGGGGCCAUGCCCAUCUCGUCCCGGCGCUGCGGCAUGAUCACCAAGCGGGAGGCGGAGCGGCUCUGCAAGUCCUUCCUGGGCGAGCACAAGCCGCCCAAGCUGCCGGAGAACUUCGCCUUCGACGUGGUCCACGAGUGCGCUUGGGGCUCGCGGGGCAGCUUCAUCCCGGCCCGCUACAACAGCUCCCGGGCCAAGUGCAUCAAGUGCGGCUACUGCAGCAUGUACUUCUCGCCCAACAAGUUCAUCUUCCACUCCCACCGCACGCCGGACUCCAAGUACACGCAGCCCGACGCCGCCAACUUCAACUCCUGGCGCCGCCACCUCAAGCUGAGCGACAAGACGGCCACGGACGAGCUGAGCCACGCCUGGGAGGAUGUCAAGGCCAUGUUCAACGGCGGCACCCGCAAGCGGACCUUCUCCCUGCACGGGGCGGCCGCCGCCGGCGCCUCCUCGGCCGCCAAGGCCGCCCUGCACCCGCCGCCGCCCGGCGGAGCCGAGCUGGCCCCGGUGCACAAGAGCCUGCGCUGCAGCGGCGAGGAGGCGCCCGGGGAGCGCGGCGCGCUGAGCUUGGCCGGGGCGCACGGCGGGGCGGCCGGGGCGCACGGCGGGGCCGGCGCGGUGCGCAGCUACCCGGUCAUCCCGGUGCCCAGCAAAGGCUUCGGCAUGCUGCAGAAGCUGCCGCCGCCGCUCUUCCCGCACCCCUACGGCUUCCCGGCCGCCGCCUUCGGGCUCUGCCCCAAGAAACAGGACGAUUCACUGGGCGGAGCCGGCGGGGGCGAGCCCGGCAAAGGGGGCGCCCUGCCGCCGGGCAUGUUCUGGGGCCACCCGCACCCCCACCCGCACCAACCCCAGCAGCCUCCGCACCAGGCCGGCGCCAGCAAGGACAGCGGCGUCUACCCGCCCUUCCCCAUGUUCUGGCCGGCCGCCGGCAGCCUGCCCGUGCCGCCCUACCCGGCCCAGAGCCAGGCCAAAGCGGCCGCCACCGCCGUGGUGGUGGCGGCCGCUGCAGCCGCCGCUGCGGCCGCCGCCGACCCGCCGGGCCUGGGCGGCCGCCACAGCGAGCUGGAGGGCUCGGAGCCGUCGGGGAGCGGGCGCAGCAGCGCCACCCCGCAGGAGGGCUCCGGGGCGGACGGCGAGCGCUGCUCCAGCGCCCUCUCCAGGGCGGCCGCCGAGGAGGAGCGGUCCGGGGACGAGGCGCUGCUGCCCCCGCUGCCCCUGCCCAGGAAGGGCAGCUACCUGUCCGCCUUCCGCCCCGUGGUGAAGGACGCGGAGAGCAUCGCCAAGCUGUACGGCACCCGGGAGGCCUACGGUGGGGCGGGGCGGAGCGCGGCCGGCUACCUGUCCCCGGACUUCCUCAGCGAGGGCAGCUCCAGCUACCGCUCCCUCUCGCCCGGCGCCGACACGGCCGACGAGCCCGAGGUGGACGUGGAGUCCAACCGUUUCCCCGAGGACGAGGAGGAGGAGGCGGCCGUCGAGGAGGCGGAGGAGCCGCCGCCUCUGGCCGAGGAGAAAGCCGGGGAGCAGGGGCCGGAGGAAGGGAACCGCCCGCCGCCCGAGGGGAGCCCGCAGAGGAGCAGCAGCAGAGGCGGCUACGAGGUCUACACCCAGGAAAGAGAAGACCAUCUGCAGGCUCUGAAGAACGCUGCUUCACUGGGGUCUGCAACCACUUAUCUUUGCAACCCCGAGGCAAAUGAGCAAGAUAAGGAAGACAAUCACUCGACAGCAGAGGAUUUAGAGACCAGCAAAUCCUAUCAAGACCAAAGGAAUGUCUCGCAUCCAAGCCCUGUAAAUACCGACAGAGGUGAGGAAGGUCUCAGCAUUGACUUUAUGGGGACCCAACUAGUUGAAAAAGACAUUGAAAAUCUGGCAAGAGACGAAUUGCAAAAACUGCUCCUGGAGCAAGUGGAGCUUAGGAAGAAAUUAGAACGGGAAUUCCAAAGUCUGAAAGAUAAUUUUCAGGAUCAGAUGAAGAGGGAGCUGGCGUAUAGGGAAGAAAUGGUCCAACAGCUACAAAUUGUCAGAGAUACCUUGUGUAACGAACUGGACCAGGAGAGGAAAGCUCGCUACGCCAUCCAGCAGAAGUUGAAAGAGGCCCACGACGCGCUCCACCACUUCUCCUGCAAAAUGCUCACGCCUCGCCACUGCACGGGGAACUGCUCCUUCAAGCCGCCCCUGCUGCCCCAAUGA